UCCAGUCCAUCGAAUUUCAGUACAUUUAGUUUACAACCAAGAUUACAAGAGACUUGUGCGUAGGGCAUCGGGCAGAGACUCGCCAGCUUCUAGUUUGGCUUGAACGCGGAGCUGCCUUGGUGCGUCCAGGCCGUGAAUAAGCGCAAGGAUAGCCACGUUGGGUAACUUGGUGCGGGACAAAUAAUGCUGCGCGGCGUCCUUUGUGUAGCUGGGUACGCGCUCCAGUUGCAGCAAUGGAUCAUCGUCGCCGUCUUGCCCAACGAUCCGCAUGUACACAACACAAUUAUCCACCACGUCGCUGCCAAUGCGCACGGGGAUCGCCACUCGCUUGUAGUACCCAGAGCUGAUGCCUUCGAGAAUAUCCAACGCCUCCAAAGUUGACGCAUCUACAGCAUACACCUCGCCUGCGAUCGGAACUCCUUCGCCGGGUACACUCAGCAAGAAUGGCACGAACCGAUCGCCGCCCACCACAAGCGGAUACGGCGUGCACGUGAUGGCAUCUCCCAGAAACGUGGCUUUCUUGAGGUCGACUGCUGGACCAAGGUACAACGCAUAGUUGGGGAACCCUCGUUUGAGGGUGCCAUACACAAACACGUUCGUAGUUUCGGUCGCGGCCACCCCCGCCAUCGUCGUCGUGUUGUCGAAGAUUGAAACUGUCGGGUAUCCGAAUGUAUGGUCCAUGCGUCCAUUAUCCGGAUAGACGAAGAGCGCCAUUUUAUUGAGACAUGAUGCUCGUGGCUCGGCGGUGGUGGCGUGCCCCGGCAAGUCUGCGGCCUUCAACAUCAGUCCUUCGAUCUCGCGCAUUGUCCUCGUCAGGAAGCGAAGAAGAUGCCGAUGCCUUACUUCCACUGUUUGCCUCUUCUACGCGGGAGGCCCUGCGCCGCGGGCUCGAAUCGGACGGUUUCUGCAUCCUGCGUGGCUUUGCAUCCAACGCCGUGGCCCUUGCCAUGCGCCGCGAGGCCGAGCGCUUGUUCAAAGACGGAUACAUGUUUCAGUCCAUGUCGGUCGACGAACACGGCAACUCGUUUCCAAAGCACAACGUGUUUGCGUCCGAGCUGGACGGCCACGAAUGGGACAUUGCACCUACGAUCCUACAGUACACGCGCAGCAUCAUGCUCCAAGCCCCCGACAUGCUCAACACGCUCUUCCCCGAGCUUCAAAUCAGUUCUCGGGCGUAUGCAUCCAAGUUGGCCGUGUCUCUCGGAGAUGGCGCGUCUUAUCCGAAGCACUGCGACACUGCGGGGAUGCCCGACCAGCGCAAAGUCACAAUGGUGUAUUACUUGAACCCACAUUGGGAACCUGCGCACGGCGGACAGCUUCAAGUGUACACCAAGGACGGCGGCAUCUUGGCCGUAGAACCCGUCUCCGACACAUUGGCCGUGUUCUGGAGCGAUCAAGUGGUGCAUGAUGUGCUUCCUUGCACGAACGACCCAAACAACGAGCGGGCUCAGCGGUAUGCGUUGACGCUGUGGCUCGUGUCUGAUGAUCCGAGUCAAAUCGUCAACCCGUCGCAUCCACUGUACUCGCUUCGUUGCGAGCAUUUCGGAGCAUAACAAGGAUCAAUCAAUCAAUCAUCACGUA